AUGUCAAAAUCUGCUCUUUUUCAAAACAACACCUUGGAAGAAAUCAAGACUCCGGUGCUCGUUGUCGGAGGCAGUUUGGUAGGACUGAGUGCGGGAUUAUUUCUGUCUUUUUGGGAGGUUCCAAAUAUCGUGAUUGAAAAACAUGAAGGAUCGUCGCUUCAUCCAAGGGCAAUUGGAUUCACUGAACAUACCAUGGAAUUUUUCAGCAGUGUAGGAAUUAUCGACCAGAUCCCUAGAGUUGAACGUGGAACCCGUCUUCGCCGAGCUUCUUGUUUCAGUUGGGCUAGCGAAUGGACCGAGAAAGCCCCAUGGAGCGGUCAAAAAAAGGCCGAUGCUUCGCCGCAGCAGGAAUUUUCACCAUUCACUGGAGCUGCUAUUCCACAGGAUAAGCUGGAACCUAUACUGCGCAACAGAGCCGUUAAGUUGGGUUGUGAUCUCCGUCAAAAUACCGUUCUAUUGGGCUUCGAGCAAAAUGACGAUGAGGUCAUCGCCACAGUACUGGAUCAAAAGACUGCCCACGCUUACAAGAUUAGAGCUCAGUACAUGAUCGCAGCAGAUGGUGGGAAAAGUUCCAUUCGCGAUGACCUCCAAAUUUUGCAAAAGGGCAGAGGCUAUAUGCAAACCAUUGCAAGUGUACUUUUCCGGUGUCCUGAAGCAGAUGAAGUUCUCUCGAGAGGAAUUGUACAGUUCGAAAUUGACCAACCGGAUCUGAAAGCCUUUCUGACCACGUAUAACGAUGGAAGAUGGGCUCUUAUGUUUAGAGAUGGGCUUAAGAGAACUUCACAAGAGCUUCUUGAUGCUAUCAAAAAAGCAGUGGGUCGAACUGAUGCGAGAAUCGAGAUCAUCACUACGGGACAGUGGGAUCUAAAUGCUUUGAUCUGUGAGAGCUAUUCAAAGGGACGUGUGUUUCUCGCAGGAGACUCCGCGCAUGCGUUACCACCUACUCGGGGUGGCUACGGUGCUAAUACCGGUAUUGACGACGUUCACAAUUUGGCCUGGAAGCUAAAGCUUGUCCUCCUUGGAAAAGCUUCUCAUUCCCUUCUGGACACAUAUUCAACCGAAAGGCAACCUAUAGGCUGGCUCAGGCAUCAGCAAACAUUUGCUAGGCCCGACUAUGCGGCAUUCGCACAAGGAUGUGCUUCUGAUGAAGAAAUUAUCGACGAUGCUGCAAUGGAGCUGGGUCAAUUGCAUGUUUCAAAAGCCAUCUGUGGUCCAGACGAUACCGCAACCGCAGCAAAAAGGCCAGAUUUAUGGCAAGGUCAGCCUGGUGUUCGAGCACCGCAUGUGUGGGUGAAAAGGGAUGGUAAAGACAUUUCUAUGAUUGAGCUUUUCAACAAGCACUUUGUCGUCCUAUCUCAGAAUGAGGAAUGGCUCACUGCGACUGAGAAGGUCAGUGCGGCGCUUGAGCUUGUCAUUGAUUUUUACCUGGUGGGCAAAGACAUUGUGUUUCACAGUGGCACUGACUUUGAAAAGACGUAUGGCGUAGACCAGUAUGGAGCUACUCUUGUGAGGCCGGACGGUAUAGUGGGUUGGAGAGCUAAACAGAAACAACACCACCCUAUCAGCUCAUUACAAGAAGCAUUGAAUCAGAUUUUGAGACCAUAG